AUGUCACAUGGAAAUUCUCCUACACCAGAUCGAACUAAUUCUCUAUCUUCUCCUUUAAGCGUGGAGCUCGUUAACUUUUUGAAAGAGUCCAUGGGAAGUAUCAAUAUCGAUCCAUAUGUUUUUGUUGUUUUCGGUGCUUCGGGUGAUUUGGCUAGAAAGAAAAUAUAUCCGACACUUUGGUGGCUUUACCGUGAUUCGUUAUUACCAAACAAUAUUUCCAUCGUCGGUUAUGCACGAUCUAAUUUGACGAUGGCUUCGCUAAAGGAAAAAUUUAUUGAAAGAUGCAAGCUUCAUUCUGGUGAAGAGGCAAAGUUUGAUAAAUUUAUAUCGCGCUGUUCAUACAUUCGUGGUAAGUAUGAUGAGUCUUGUGGUUUUAUUGAAUUGCAGAAUUUUAUCAAAGGAAUCCAGCGGUCUUGUGACGGAACACCAGUGAACAGAUUGUAUUACCUUGCCUUGCCUCCUGAAGUUUUUGAAGAUGUCACACUUCAGAUAAGUAAGAACUGUUUGGACGACGGUCGUUCUUGGACGCGUAUCAUUAUUGAAAAACCUUUUGGUUUCGAUUCAGAAUCUUCUGCAAAAUUGUCUUCACAUCUCGAGCGUUUGUUCCGGGAAGACCAAAUAUAUCGUAUAGAUCAUUAUUUAGGCAAAGAAAUGGUUCAAAAUCUUAUGAUUCUCAGGUUUGGGAACAGGAUCUUUAAUCCUUCGUGGAAUCGUGACAAUAUAGCCGCUGUUGUGAUCUCGUUUAAGGAAAAUUUUGGAACGCAGGGUCGUGCGGGAUAUUUUGAUACAAGUGGUAUUAUACGUGAUGUGAUGCAAAAUCAUUUAAUGCAAAUUCUGACACUGGUUGCUAUGGAGAAACCUGCCAGUUUGGAUGCCGAGGAUAUUCGUGAUGAAAAAGUCAAAGUUAUGAAGUGUAUCAAGCCCGUGCAAAUGCAAGAUGUGGUUCUUGGGCAGUACGUCAGUGAUCCGAAAGCAAAAAGUGGGGAAGCGUGCUAUGGCUACCGCGAUGAUAAAGAUGUCCCUCAAGAUUCAGUGACGCCAACAUAUGCAUUGGCUGUCUUAAAAGUAAAUAAUGAACGUUGGGAUGGUGUUCCUUUCAUUCUGAGGUGUGGAAAAGCGCUUAAUGAAAGUAAAGCAGAGGUACGAAUACAAUUCAAGGAAGUUUCGGGUGAUAUUUAUCCUGAGGGACAAUUGAAAAGAACAGAAUUGGUUAUAAGAGUGCAACCAAAUGAGGCGGUUUAUAUCAAAUUAAUGUCAAAGAAGCCUGGCAUGGGAUUUUCAGUCGAAGAAACUGAACUUGAUCUUACUUACGGAUAUAGAUAUAAAGAUGUUCGUCUUCCCGAUGCUUAUGAACGGUUAUUUCUCGAGGUAAUCAUGGGUUCUCAAAUAGAUUUUGUUCGAACUGAUGAAUUGGAACAGUCGUGGAGAAUAUUUACACCCUUAUUAAAACAGAUUGAAGAAGAAAAGACGAAACCGGCCAAAUAUGUUUUUGGGAGUCGUGGACCAGCAGAGGCAGAUGAAAUGAUGAUAAAGCAUGGUUUCAUUUUCUCUGGUACUUACAAAUGGGUUCCAAACACUGAACGUUGA